CACCGGUAUACAAAUCAGGCCAUCAGGUCAAAGGUUGCACGAAUUCGUUCUGGGAACGCGGACAAUUCGCGGCCACAUUGGUUUGUGUGGCGCAUUGCAAAGACAAUGGGGCAAGCUGCGGGACAUGAGCAUGGCCUUGAUAAUGUCAUCAAGAGGGCUGCGAGCCGAGCCGGGAAGUUUACCAUCAGUGGGCGCUACCAUCGGAUGCCGCGGAAGAUUGAGGAUGACUAUAUCAUCCUCAAAAAGAACGUCUUGGGUUCUGGCUACAACGGCAAGGUUUUUGAAGCCCGUGGCCGUACCGGUGGCGGCACGUAUGCAGUGAAAGGCUUCAAGCUGGUCGGCGUCCCACGGGAAAAGCGCGAGGAACUGGAAGCGGAGUGUGAGAUCUUUUUGGCCAUGGAUCAUCCUCAUGUGGCCAGAUUGGUCGAUGUCUAUGAGUCGCAGGAGCAGCUGGCCUUGGUGAUGGAAUGCAUGUCCGGCGGAGAGCUCUUUGGACGGGUGCAGAAGCUCAAACGCUUUACAGAGCAAGCGGCGGCAGAUGCCGCGCGUCAGAUGCUCUUGGCCGUGAACUACAUCCACGGUAUUGGCGUCGUGCACCGCGACAUCAAGCUCGAGAACUUCCUCUUUGAGAAGCCCGAGAGCGACUUCUUGAAGCUCAUCGAUUUUGGCUUCAGCAAGAUUUGGAAGCCCAACACCACCAUGAGACUGAGCUGUGGGACCUUGGCCUAUGUGGCUCCGGAGGUCUUGGAUCAGAACUAUACGUCCCAAUGUGACCUUUGGAGCUUGGGUGUGACUGUGUUCAUUUUGCUCUUUGGCUACAUGCCAUUCUCCGGGAAUGAGGACAAGCAGAUCUCGGACAUUAAGAAUGGCCGGUACACGGUGAAGCCCGCCAAGUGGGACAGCGUCUCUGGGGUGGCCCAAGACUUUGUGAAGAAGUUGUUGGUGGUGAAAGCCAACUCCAGGAUGACAGCGGAGGACGCCUUGAAGCAUCCCUUUAUUGAGCAACGACAUCAGUUGACCAACGAGGUGAACAAUGAGAUCGUGAGCGCUUUGGUGGACUUCGGCAAUGCCUCCGCCUUCCGCCGAGCGUGCUUGUCGAUGAUGGCUUGGUCCCUGACCAAUGAGGAACGCUCCAAGGUAAGGGAAGCCUUUAUGCAGCUGGAUGAGGAUAAGACUGGCGUGAUCAAGAUCGGCGAGCUCAAGAAGGUGCUGGAGCAGAAGUGCCGCAUCCACGACGAAGAUGCCACGCGGAUCUUCCAGGCCUUGGACACCACUCAGUCGGAUGAGAUCCAUUACUCUGAGUUUCUCGCUGCAAUGGUAUCCACACGCAUCGCGUUGCACGAUGACCUGCUGUUAGCGGCCUUUAAAAGGUUUGACGUGGACAACAGCGGAAAGAUCACGGUGGAGAACCUUCGUGAGGUUUUGGGAGAGAGCUUCAGCGGCAACGCGGUCGAAAGCAUCAUGAAAGAAGCCGAUCUCACCGGCAGUGGCGACAUCUCCUAUGAGGAGUGGAUUCAGUACUUGAGAACCAAUGCCACCAGUGACAGGCACAAGGAGAUGGCGGCGCAGCUCAUUGAUCAUCGACUCUCUGAGUCGCCCCACAAUGAGAAAACGAUCGCGAUCAAGUCCAGCAAGAAGAUGGGCACCGAAACGGCACAAGUUUGCUGUUGCAUUCAUUGACGGAGCACCCCAGGCGCUCCACGCGAUCUCUUCGUGGAGCCACUGAGCGCACGAGGACACUCUUCGUGCGAUCCCGGGUCGGUCUCACCGUGAGCCGAGAACGUCUGGUGAGACGAAACAGCCGAC